CAACGAUGGCGCCAAGAACGAGAGGGAAUCAAGAGCCUCAGCGCGAGAUAGACGAUGAGAGGCCGACAGUCGCAGAUUUACAGGGCGAAACACCAUUUGCGCAACUUGCGAAAGAGCAUUGGCUCAAGGCAUCAAAGAAGGGAGCCAAGGUCAAAGUCAAGCCAGACGUCUUGAAAUCUGAAAUAUGGGAUGUGCUGGAACAGGAGAAUUUCGCGUUCAAGUCACUUCUAAUUCUGGAGAACCUGCGGAUUCUAGAGAACUACCUUUGGCCAGGAUACUCCGAGGAUUCGUCCAAUUUUCACGUCCUUCUUAUCGUUUUGAUCACGAAUGUUAAAACACGGGAACAUCUUCCAACAUGGGACAUAUUUACGGACAACCCUGCGGAAUUCUCUACUCUUUUUCGCCGAAUCCUCUCGAUGACGCUGGAUACUACAUUAUCUGCGACCAUUCGAACCCAUCUCCUUACCUUCAUAAUCAGUUCCUUUCAAUCGUUGGAUAGUGGUAUAGUAAGGAAGGAGUGCGCUCCUUUGGUUUCGAUUUCCAUAUGGCAUAAUCUCUCCAGCGACAAGAAGCGGGAGCAGAAGCUUGGCCAGAGCAUUCAAUUGAGGAAGGCUUGGAGAGCGGCAGGCAAGCGGUAUGAUGCCGCUGAUGAUUUGACUAAGCCUCGACUCCGUUUUGAAAGGUCUUGGCUGUUUACUCUUAUUCUUGAUUUCUUCAACCAGCUUUACAAUGAGAAGGGCAAAUCAGAGAAUAUAAGAUAUUGCGAACGUUUCAUCGAAUUUUUGGCAGACCUUCAAAGUCAGUUGCCGACAAGAAGAUACGUUAAUACUCUCCUACAGGACUUACACACCCUUUCGGCUAUCCGAAUGUCUCCUGUCUUCAAUGACGAGGAUAAUGGUCUCUUAAGGGACCUCUAUGCACUCCUUAAGCACUAUACUUAUUUCUCAAUCGACGAUCACACUGGCAUUCAACAUAGCAGCACAGAAGCAUAUGAACGACACUGUGCAACACUUGCCACGUUACAACGUACAGCCCUCAAGCAUUUCAAGGAGAAAUUGACAAUCUUGGCGUUAUCAAACUAUGCAUCCAUUGAUAAACGUUCAGAGCUUGAAGGUCAUUUGGAAACCCUCACAGAUGCUGAAAUUAGUGAGCUUUGUAGCUUGCUGGAUUUGCGCACGUCAUAUCCAGCCUCGACGAAAGUCGUGGCAGAUCGUCAAUUUCUGACCGAGGUUUUGUUGUCAACGCAUGAGAAGCGCAAGACGUUUCAAGAGACUGCACGUGAUCUCAGCAUCCUCCCCACGGAGCUCACAUUGUUUGAGCCGGCAUUGUUAAGAAAUGAUAGCUAUGAUGGUUCACAACCAUUGGCUAUUCCCAAGCUGAACUUACAGUAUCUUGCAGUCGGAGACUUCCUAUGGAGAUCCUUCAUCCUUCAUCGCUGCGAAUCGUUUUACGAGAUUCGAAAGGACGUUGAGGAUACCAUAAAACGUAUGCGGCCAAUAGCCGGCCGUGCGGGUCAGACUGUCUUUGAAGGUGUAUCCAAGAUGGCAUUGCCAAUCACUAGUCUAUCUAUAUUGGAAACAGUUCCACCUCUCGUUGGAGAUGACAAACCUGCAGCAGUUCGAGCCGAGAUCGUGCUUGAUGUUAGCCGUAUGGCAGAUAACAUUCGACGUGAAUGGGACUCCCUCCGGCCAGACGACGUAGUGUUCUUACUGGCCGUUCAGGCUAGUGAUGACACAAAAAUGAUCACAAAUGGCAGCACGACUCCUUCUGAUGCAGAAAGGCUAGGCUUGAGAUACCUGCGUGCUGCUGAAAUCAUUCAAGUUCAGGAUGAUAAGGGGCGCUCACUAAGGGACCAAGACGGCCAUGCCAAUGGGUACGGCCGCCCAAGGACGCGCAGAUUGCAAGUCAAGCUAGAUGCAGCUAUGUUCAGAGAUGAUAUGAACCGGGUAGCUAGUGGAAAGCCUGACAUCUACGAGAGUAUGAACGUCAUCAUCCGCAGAAGAGCCCGAGAGAACAACUUCAAACCGAUUCUAGAAUCAAUCCGGAGUUUGACAUUGUCAGAUGUACCACUAGCUUCAUGGCUUCACGAAGUGUUCCUAGGCUAUGGUGACCCAGCUGGAGCUACCUAUACGCACCUCGCAAAUCAAAUCGAGAAGAUCGAUUAUCGGGAUACGUUCCUGGACUGGCAGCAUCUGAUUGAGAGCUUACCGGGCAGAACAGUGGAACCGAGUGACGAUGCAAAUGGCAGCUUCGGGCCACCGUACGUAUUACAAUCGGUUUCGAAGCCUAUUGAAGUUGCCCCAGCAAAGCCUUCAAAGAAACGGCGGCGUGAUGCCGAGCCAACACCGCAGGUCCAACCGCAAUCAAUUCAAGUAUCUACCUACAAGCCUCCAAGCACAGGACCAUACAAAACGGACGCCCCGAAACUGAACCAUGUCAGAUUCACACCGAAACAAAUUGAGGCCAUUAUAUCUGGAACUCAGCCUGGGCUUACAGUAAUUGUCGGACCUCCUGGGACGGGAAAGACCGAUGUUGCAACACAAAUUAUUAACAAUCUUUACCACAACUUCCCCAAUCAGCGAACCCUCCUCAUCGCACAUAGUAAUCAAGCGCUCAAUCAACUCUUCCAGAAGAUAGUGGCUUUGGAUAUCGAUGAGCGCCAUCUACUACGAUUAGGCCAUGGUGAGGAAGAACUAGACACAGAAGCCAAUUUUAGCAAACAUGGCAGAGUGGAAUCUUUCCUUGAAAAUCGAGAUGGAUAUCUGAGAGAAGUUGAUCGCCUUGCAGCAAAUUUUAAUGCUCCUGGUGCACAUGGUAGUUCUGCAGAGACGGCAGGGUAUUUCAACUCUGUCUACGUCGAACCCGCCUGGAAGAGAUUCCAUGAAUUCUCAAAGUUACCAGAGGCCACUGCCGAACAGAUCGUGGAAGCCUUUCCCUUCCACCAAUAUUUCGCCAAUGCGCCUCAGCCUCUCUUCCCACCCAACGCUAGCAAGGACACCGUUCUUGAUAUUGCAAAUGGUUGUUACCAUCACGUCGCGAAGAUUUUCACGGAGCUGGCGGAUAUUCGACCAUUUGAGAUACUACGACGUGAUCGCGAUAAAGCAAACUACCUCCUUACCAAUGAAGCCCGAAUCAUUGCCAUGACAUCCACACAUGCGGCAAUGAGAAGGCGGGAAAUAGCAUCACUCGGCUUCCACUAUGACAAUGUUAUCAUGGAAGAGGCAGCUCAGAUUACUGAAAUUGAGAACUUCAUCCCUCUUGCAUUGCAAAACCCAAGGAACGGCAAGAUGCCAUUGCAACGCGUGGUUCUCUGUGGUGACCACUUCCAAAAUUCGCCCGUUAUACAAAACCUAGCUUUCCGCCAGUACGCCAACCUUGAGCAAUCGCUAUUUUCUCGUCUUGUCCGUCUUGGUGUUCCCACAAUCCAUCUUGAUCAACAAGGUCGUGCUCGUCCCUCAAUUGCAACUCUUUACUCUUGGCGUUACCAGAAUUUAGGAGACUUGCCCCUCUUGUCCGACCUGCCCGAAUUCCAGACUGCAAAUGCCGGCUUCAAAUACGAUUACCAGUUCAUCCAAGUACCCGAUUAUAAGGGUAAGGGAGAGUCAGAGCCUACACCGCAUUUCAUACAGAAUUUAGGAGAAGCCGAGUAUGCCGUUGCUAUAUACCAAUACAUGCGCCUCCUUGGCUACCCGGCAUCGAAAAUCACAAUACUCGCUACCUAUGCCGGCCAACGCGCUCUGAUCAAAGAUGUGCUCGCUCAUAGGUGUUCCAAGAAUCCUCUCUUUGGUCUUCCUAAGAUUGUCGCCACUGUUGACAAAUACCAGGGUGAACAGAAUGACUAUGUGAUUCUCUCACUAACCCGUACCUCUCGCGUCGGCUAUCUACGCGAUAUUAGGCGUCUCACGGUUGCAUUAUCCAGAGCUCGUCUAGGACUAUAUGUACUCGGACGGCGAGAAGUUUUUGAGUCUUGUUUCGAACUGCGUCAAGCUUUUGAAGUCCUUCUGAAGAGACCGGACAAGUUAAUGCUCGUUACGGGAGAGCUGUGGCCCAGCAAACGAGUAUUGAAGGAGGAAGAAGGCAAAGAUGUGCCUGGGCAGACUCAGAUGGAAAGUGUGGAACAUCUGGGGCAGUAUGUCUACGAAAUGACGAAUGCUAAAGUACAGCAAUUGAGGGCGGAGAGGGGUCUGCCGGAAACCGAACUGGUGGUGCCUGUACAGGAUGCGGAUACGGAGCUUGUGGCUGUUGACGAGGAAGACGACGACCUUCAGGAGGAAUUAGAAGAGGGGUUCGAAGCCGAAGAGAAUUAACGAAUGAAUGCUUGGGAACAAUCACAUGGCUUGGCGUUUGUAGGAUAGUUUGUGGGCAUACCCUAAGAGGUGUAUAUGUAGUGUAUAAAUUUUCUGGCACCUUGCUAAGUCUUGCCUUAUCAAGAUUCGUGCCCCAACCC